AAAAGUUUCCCCUUACUCAUCCUCCAGGAGAAUCUGGGCAAAAUCUGGUUUGCCAAGCUGAGUCCACUGGAGGGGUCAGGGGUAACGCUGAUGGCCCCCUUCCAACUGUAUGAGAGCCUGGCCGCUCUGUCUCUGGGGGCUGGGGGGAUCACUGCUCAGAACUUCCGUGACCACCUGGGACUCGUGGACCGCAAGUGCAUUGGUGAUCAGCAUUCCUGGAUCAUGCGUUGGCAAGGCAGGCUGGUUAACCAAGACAUCUUGUCUCAGCAAGAAGGCUUGCUGGAAACUGGCACCUGGUUUGUUGUCAGGAAGGGCCUGCAACUCCGUCAAGCCUUCCUGUGGGAACUCCGGUGGUUCUACCCCAGUGUGCAACUGAAAGCAGCCAACACCAGCCAGCCCCACAUGGCCGAAGAGAUGAUCAACACAUUCAUCCGCAAUGCAACUGCUGGCAGGGUCAGUCGCCUGGUGAAUGGCCUGAGCCCAAGCACAAACCUGGUGUUGGCCAGUUACGUUCACUUUAAAGGAAAAUGGAAGACCAGAUCGCAGUGUCAUGGAUCAGAAUUUCAAGACUUCUACAAUGAUGGGAGUAGUAAAGUCCAAGUGCCUAUGACAACCUGGUGUGGCAAGUUGCAGUAUAAGAUUGAUCCUACAUACACGAUGAUUAAACUCCCAUUGAUUGGAACAGCAUACAUCAUGCUUGUCCAGCCAGUAAAACCAGAUACGCUGGAGAGCAUUGAAUCCACCCUAGACGUUAACUCGAUUAUACUUAAAUCUGGGAUUGUAAAGCUUGUCUUGCCACGGUUCAAAUGGAACAGUACAUAUGAUGUGAAGGAACUUUACCACAGGAUGAACCUGCCAGAUAUGUUGAGCGGUCGAGCUAAUUUCUCCAGAUUACAUAAUGACCAAAAUCUAACACCAGACCAGGUAAUUCAACAUGUUAUUUUUGAAGUGAUGGAAGAUGGAGAGAAGUCAACCCCUCCAGGACAUGUUCCAUUCAGUAACACAACCAUCACAACGGAGAUUCGGAUAGAUAAACCUUUCUUUUUCCGAGUCUUUGGUGAAAUAUUGAAUGAUCUACUGCUUCUUGGCAGAGUAAAGAAACUUCACUGAAAACCAGAAUUUAAAAUAUUUUUAUGAAUGCUCAAAGGAAGAUUUACCAAUUUUAGUUAAACAUUUCUGGGAAAGGGCAGUACUAGGAGAAAAUAGGAAUGGAGUAGACAUUCCUGCAAAAGGGAUAGAAGCAACAGCAGCACAAAAUUGAUGAGCUGAGUGGCCUUCUUUUAAGAGUACUUUCCACUAUUGGUUUUAGUUUUGAAUCAGAACAGGACAUAACAAUUUAUAAAUAAAUAAAUAAAUAAAUAAAUAACCCCCACUUAGAAAGUAAUCAUGUUAUGAAGGUAUUCUCAAAAUUGUAUACAUUGAUAAUAUCUUAAAAAUCACAUCAGUGCGCACUACCUUGGAACCUUUACUAUUAUAACUGUAAUUUUUCUCAUAUAACAAAAGUUGUCCAUGAAAAUUGGUCAGGUGCAAUUGCACCCUCCCUCCAGCAAAGGUGCUCGCCAAAGCUGACCAUUUUUUGCUGGGUGAUCUAACAGAGCCUUCAGGGACCCCAACCUCAAACCUCAACCCCAAUGGGAAAACAUGAUUUCUGAUGGAGAAAGUAGCCCUCGGUUGUGAAGAGUGAAAGAUUGAAUCCAUCUUUCUCCUCUAUCCACUUGUGGGAUUGUAACCCAGAUCGUGUCUUUUGAUGGGGCGGGGGGGUGGUGGUGGGAAGUGAAGAUGAUUUGCCUCAAACUAAUCCCGAACAACAGGGAAGGUUUAUGACCACAAAAUUAGAGCUAAGCCCUUCAGGGGGUGAUGUCAAGGAGCAGUUUUUCACAGAAGUUGAUGAAAAUCUUUUGAGAUUGGGCGGUGAGGUAAAUAAAUGGAAAAUUUUUAAAAUGCAA